GUGCAAUUGAAAGAGAGAGAGAUAGCCUGAAGUGAGGGUUUUCACUUGGUGGUGACCACCUAGAGUGAGGGAACUGAAAUUUAGAGAGACUCCAAUUAGAUUCAAGAGAGAUGGCCAUUCACCACGAAACUUGGGCUUUCGUUUUCGGUCUUCUAGGCAACGUGAUCUCCUUUAUGGUGUUCCUUGCUCCAUUACCAACUUUUUACCAAAUCUACAAGAAGAAAUCAUCCGAAGGGUUUCAAUCACUACCUUAUGUUGUUGCACUGUUCAGUUCAAUGCUCUGGAUCUAUUAUGCAUUUGUCAAAAAGGAUGCUAGCCUCCUUCUCAUUACUAUUAACUCCUUUGGAUGUGUGAUAGAGACAAUUUACCUAGCCAUCUUCCUUGUUUACGCCCCAAGUAAAACCAGGCUUUGGACCAUCAAGCUUCUUCUCAUGUUGAAUGUUUUUGGGUUCGGAGCGAUGCUUCUUUCAACCCUAUACCUUACAACGGGUUCCAAACGUCUUACUGUGAUAGGAUGGAUUUGUCUUGUUUUCAACAUAAGCGUUUUUGCUGCUCCUCUUUGCAUUAUGAAACGUGUCAUAAAGACGAAGAGCGUGGAAUUUAUGCCCUUCAGUUUGUCCUUCUCUUUGACCAUAAAUGCUGUUAUGUGGUUCUUCUAUGGCCUUCUCCUCAAGGACUACUACAUCGCUCUACCAAAUACGCUUGGGUUUCUAUUCGGCAUAAUUCAGAUGGUGUUGUAUUUGAUUUAUAGAAACGCCAAGAAAGAUGAGCCAAUGAAAUUGGAAGAACUAAAUAGUCAUAUUAUUAACGUUGGGAAGCUGAGCAGAAUGGAACCCUCUGAGCCGAAUCAUGCAACAAAAAAUGGUACUGUGACUGAGAUAACUAUUGAGGAUCCAAAUGGAAAAGAAACAGAAGAGGGAAACUUGAAGAACAUCAUGAAUUCGGCUAGCAAUGUGUGAUUAAUUAACCAAUGAACAAGUCCAAAGAGAAAGAAAGAAAAAAGCAAAAAAAAAAAAAAAUGAGGUCAAAAAAUAUUUUAACAUAAAAGUACAAUCACUCUACUUGGCCAAGUGGGGCCUCUUCUCAACCCAAGAACAGUACGAGUACUUUGGAGUUUAAUUAGGGUUCUUCUUUUGAUUAAUGCAUUUGCCUUAAUUUGUAGUUGUCAUAUGUUAGCUGGUCAUAUGUUAGCAUGAGCAUCUCUCUUUGGCCUCUUCCAUCGCUCUCACUGUAGUAAAACGUGUAACAACGAAUGUAUCUUCUCUUCUUUCAUUGUAUUCCUCA